UUUAUGAGUUCUGAAAACUGUGAUGAGGAACACAAUGAUCUUCCUUGCUUAUUUUCUUUAUGUUUGCCUUCUUCUUGCUCUAGCCAAGUUCUUGAAAAGAGUAUGUUGGACUCCAUUUCUCCUCCAAUACAAACUAAAGAAACAAGGAAUAAAAGGGCCUUCUUACAAGUUCCUUCAUGGGAACAUAAAGGAGAUCUCUGCCAUGAGAAAGCAAUCCAUGGCCAAAACCAUCCCUGGAUUAUUCCACAACAUUUUUCCAAAAAUCCUACCUCAUGUACACACUUGGACAAAUUUAUACGGGAAGAACUAUCUUAACUGGCAAGGUUCUCAAGCUGAGCUAGUUGUUACUCAAGUGGAACUUGUUGAGGAAAUAUUGAGCAACAAGGAAGGUUUUUACCCAAAACUAUGCCUAAAAGGGUAUGCAAAGAAGUUGUUGGGAGAUGGGCUUUCAUCCUCUGAAGGUGAAAAGUGGACUAAGAUGCGAAAACUGUCUAAUCAUGUCUUUCAUGCUGAUAGUUUAAAAAGCAUGAUUCCGGCAAUGAUCAAGAGCAGCGAGGUUAUGCUCGAAAAAUGGAAGAACUACGAAGGGGAAGAAAUCGAGGUUUUUCAGGAGUUUAGGGUGCUAACAUCUGAGGUCAUUUCCAAAACAGCUUUUGGGAGCAGCUAUUUAGAAGGAAAAAACAUGUUUGACAUGUUAAUGCAUCUAACCUUAUUAGUUUCUAGAAAUAUACACAAAAUAAGGUUUCCUUUGAUAAGUAAGAUUUUCAAAAGCAGUGAUGAUUUAGAAUCUGAUAAGCUUGAGAAAGGAAUCAAAGACUGCAUUAGGGAAAUUAUACAGAGAAGAGAAACCUCGACACCAGGAGAAGGCGGUUUCCUAGAAAAACUCAUGGAGGCUAAGUGGAUGACAGAAGACGACAUUAUCGACGAAUGCAAAACAUUCUACUUUGCAGGACAUGAAACAACUACUUCUUUACUUUCAUGGACUAUGCUUCUUCUAGCCACCCAUCAAGAAUGGCAACACAAAGCCAGAGAAGAAGUUCUCCAAAUUUUCGGCCAAAACAAUCCAAACUCAGCAGGAAUUCCAAGACUAAAGAUUAUGAACAUGAUUAUAGAGGAAUCCUUGAGACUAUACCCGCCAAUUCCUAAUAUAAAACGAAGAGUCACUAAAGAAGUUCGACUUGGAAACAUGAUUCUCCCGCCUAAACUCGAGUUAUACAUAUCCCCACUUGCACUUCACCAUGAUCCCAAAAUCUGGGGUGAAGAUGUUCACCAGUUCAAGCCAGAGAGGUUCGCUAAAGGAGUCGCGAACGCUACUAUCACCAAAACUCGGGCUGCAUUUUUGCCUUUUGGAUAUGGACCAAGGACUUGUGUUGGCUUGAACUUUGCUAUUGUUGAAUCAAAAAUUGCUCUCGCCAUGAUUUUACAACGUUUUGUGUUCACUCUGUCUCCUACUUACGUUCACUUGCCCGUUCAGAUUUUUUCGAUUAGGCCUCUGCAUGGAAUUCAUAUUGUUCUUCAGACGAUUUGAGCAUGGUAUAAAAU